UAGAGUUAUUAAGCCAACGUUUUUAGUAGCUUUGUGUUCAUUAAUGAUGACUUCAUGGAUAGAUCCCUGCGUUUGACCCACAGACUGUACAUUCUAUUAGAUCCAUGGAUUGGACCCAAAGUUCCUUGGUUUGGCCAGUUUGGUUUCACCAGAAGGGGGAGCUACCUAACAAAUCUUUGGAUAAGGACUCGCAAAGGAUUGUGGGAUUUUUAGUUCCAAGAGAAGGACGGUGCAGCGAGGACAACAAAACCAGACUUUUCCCAGCGAAAAUACAGAUUCACACCUCACUUGGGGUGGAAGUAAAUAUGCCCGGGUUCACCUGCUGUGUGCCUGGCUGCUACAACAAUUCACAUCGAGACCGGGAGCUGCGCUUCUACACGUUUCCGAAAGACGCCGCGCUCAGAGAGCAGUGGCUGAGGAACAUCUCCAGAGCAGGGGUCAGCGGGUGUUUCAGUACUUUUCAGCCCACCACAGGACACCGGGUGUGCAGUGUACACUUUGCAGGCGGGAGAAAAACCUACACAAUACGAGUCCCGUCGUUAUUUCCCUUGAGAGGCGUGAAUGAGCGGAGGAACAGGCGGGGAAGAGGAAAGAAGGUGUCUGCCCCUGCGCCAGCUCCUGUGCCAGCUCCUGUGCCCACUCCCGCCCCAGCGGCCACCUCCGGGAUUAUUAUUAGUAAUUUGAGUGUACCAGAAGGAACAGAGGGAACUGUUGGUGGUGAGGCCAACAACGAUGAGAUCACUGUUGUUCAGAUUGGUCAAAACGGCGAGUAUUUAGGCACAGCGAGACUUCCCGCUCAAACUGAAGGGACUUGUUACACAGCACCCGUAGAAGACGAUACAACCAUCGAUGAAUCAAAGACAGACACGAGGGCAGUAGAUGCCCAACCUACAAUACAGUAUGUGAGUGUGACCAGCAGCCCACUGGACCACUCUUAUUCACUGACCACGGGGACUACAUCCUCAGAGUUGCUGCGUAAACUGAACGAGCAACGGGACAUCAUCGCACUGAUGGAGGUCAAGAUGAAAGAGAUGAAAGCGACUAUCCGACAGCUGCGGGUAACAGAAGCAAAAUUACAGGAGGAGGUCCGAGAGAGGGACAGGCUCCUCAUUGGCCUUGGUAACCCCACAGUUGUAAACAGCUCCAAUGCCCGGAAGAAAGUCUGACGCUCUAUGUCUCUACAUCUAAAUUAGUGUGUGUUUGAAUGCCUGGAGAUGGAGAGUAACAAAAACUCAUUAAAAUGAGACCAGUGAUUUUUUUUUAAGUCAUAGACAGCCCUAUUUUGUAUCAAAAUGUGAGCAGUGUUUUUAUUAUUAAAGGGGCUAAGUGUAGCGUUGGUUUUCAGUGUCAUGGUGUUAAAUAUCAGAGCACAUCUAAUUGAUUUUGAAAGUACAAAAAUCUACCAUCUGAGAAAUUGAACACAAAGAUAUAAAAUGGAAGUACAUAUAUCAAAAUUAAAAACAACAUGCAUACAUUUAGAUUUUUAAAAGUUUUUCAGAUUGGUCAUAUGAAUAUGUUAACAUAAGGGAUGUAGAAAAAAUUACUUGAGUGCACAGCCGAACGGACAGCUUUCAAAUUUCCCUUCAAAAAUUACAUCUAUUAAAACAUGAUAUGAAUUGUUGUUUUGUUUAUGGCUUUGUGAAAUGCUGUUUUCAGUUUUAGAAAAUUAAAAGAAUUGUUUGUUCUGGAAAUCAGAAAUGAAUAAUACCCUUUAUUUUGUCAGUGUGUGUGGUGUAAUAUCUGGAGAUGGAGCUCAUUAGUUAUGUUAAUUUUUAGCAAUACUGUAGUUUCCACAUCCAUGGUUCAACUAUUUAGGCCGAAGUCAACAACGCAAUAACUAUUCUAAAAUGGUUUAAUUGACGAAGUAUUUUCACAAUUGUGAUACCAUUCUCAUUACGUUUUAUUGUAUAUUGUAUUAUAUAUAACAUUUGAAGCCUUUGAAGCUUGUUCUAUUGAGUCAUAAUUGAAUAAAUUUACAUUUUUGCCAUGA